AUGAAUUCCCUCUAUUUGAAGGCCCUGCCCCGGCCCUCGCCCACGGCCUCCCUCGUGCUACGCCAAUCCCCCAUCACCAUAGGGAUCCUCCGUCGGUACGCCACGACUGACAGUAGCAGUACACGGCCAACACGGAAGAAGAACAUCACAGUACUGUCCGACGAUGGAAUGCUCCGAUGGGGUGAGCUGUCGGGGAGAGAGAAAAUGUCCCGCGCAACGCAGCAGUCCUUCAACUUUGUGAUUGUGCUAGCCGGGGCUGUAUUGACGGGCGGCGUCUUCACCCUUCUAUAUCUCGAAGUCUUCUCACCAAACAGCCGGACCUGGCAAUUCGAAAAGGCGGUUGGCCGCAUCAAGGACGAUACGCGGUGUACAAAGCUCCUCGGGGACCGGAGGCAGAUCAAGGCUUAUGGCGAGAAUACCUGGAGCCGCUGGCAGCGGAACAGGCCGAUUGCAACGACGACAGAGAAAGACAGGCUAGGCCGCGAACACCUGCGAAUGAAUUUCCAUGUCGAGGGACCUCUGAACUCGGGCGUCGUCUUUGUGCACAUGAUGAAGCCCUUGGACAAGAGUGAAUGGGAGUAUCAGCUUCUGGCGCUGGAUGUCAAGGGGCACUCGCGCAUUAUUCUUGAGAAAGCGUCGGAGAAGCCUAGUGUGGCUAGUUCGCUGAAGCUGUUCGGUAUGCAAUGGCGGUGA